GCACAAACAGCGAGCAGAGGGUUGGGGUGACAUCCCACGGCUCUGCCUUCGGGCCCUGGGGGUGUCCAUAGGAACCCAAAGCGCCGCCACCUCCAUCAGCGUCCCCCGCUGUCAGCAUUGCCGCUGUGCGUAAUGCGGCUGUAAGUCAGGUUUGAGCUUUGGUUUGGUUCUGGACGUGGAGGAAAGCGGUUUGUUGGGUUGUUAAAGAAAAACAAAGCACGUGGCGAAGGGUGGGGGGGCUCACGUCGCUUGGUGCUGUGUCCCAAGCGCAGGCAGCCCCAAAGCACAGCGCACUGAGCUGCCCCACGCUGUGCCUGGGGGGAGGAGGGGAGGGGUGAAGCCGGCACAGCUCAGGUGAGCGCUCUGUAACCCCCCUGGCGACGUUGUCGUGGCAUAAUUAGCUCUGAUAGCGUUUUGUCACUCAGCUGGCAGGGGGUGUGGGCUCAGCGUGGGCUGAGGGGCAGAGAAAGGCCGUGGUUGUGCUCCUGGAACCACGGGGGUGGGGGAAACCCACGGCACUCUGCACCUUCCCUACAGCAGCGGAGCAGCGGGUGGUGCCGUGGGGAGGACGGGGUCUGUGCUCCUCCCAGGGCUUUGGGCUGUGGGGUUUUUGCUUGGGUGAAGGGGUCGGUGCCCUCCAACUUCUGUACGGGGUGGGGGCGUUCAGCUUUAAAUGUGUCCUGUUAUUCUUCCUUGCUUGAGUUUCUCCGACAGCCCUAAAGAGGGGUUGUGCUUUCUGUGCUGUUCCGCCUGAGCUGAGCUGGCAGUGUCCCCUCCUUAAGGUGUGAAGGGGAGGAGGCAAAAGGAAAUGGGAUGUCACCGUUUGUGGAAGUUGAAUCCUUUCCUUUCCAGACACGGGAGUGUUUUGUCACGAGGGGCUCCGAUGUGGUAACCCCUCAGCCUUGACUGAGGGCAAAUGGGUUUGAAAUGUGUGCCCGGAGCAGCAUCCCUGCUGUCUGCGCUGCCCCCAGGGGGGUGGGUGAGCCCAAAGCCCGAGCAGAGCAGUGGGCGCUGACAGAGCAGUGCCUGCAGGAGUGGGGCUGUGCGCCCCCAAAGGAGCAGAGCUUUGGGUGGUGCCGCGUGUGGGGGGUGGAGGUGUGACCCACACUGUGAGCAGCGCACGCUCUGUGUCUGACAUCUGUGUCUGACGCCAUGCUGGGCCGUGGAGCCGCCUCACAUCGGCUCCGUGUGAUCACCGAGAGCUGUCAAAACAUUGCCCUGCUUGUUUGGUUUGCAGCUUCAGCAUCCAAAUGACCUUGUGGGACGUCGGGAGGCUUUCUGUUGUCAUUGAAUACAGCAGAAGGAAUCCUGGGCAGCACCUGGGAGCAGUCGGGGUGCACUGGGAGGGGGGGGUGCCCUGAGUCAGUCCCAGGCAGCCGUGCCCCCUUCCCAGGGCUCAAUUUGGCACCGCUCAGCACUCAAUGGGCCGUUUGUGUCGGCUGUUGUGUAACUGCACAGACAGCGGGCAUUGUGUGUGCUGUGCCCCCACGGCCUCACAGCUCCGUCAGCCCGGGGGGUCCCGGGGAGAGCCAGGGAUGAGCACGUGAGAACACACUGCUGCCAGCUGCCCUUCUUUCCCGCACGUCGGAUGAUCUUAAAGGCAGUUCCCUCUCCCAGCAGAGCUCCGUGUGCGGGUAGUGGGGCAGUUCUGUGUCACCACACCACCCCUCGGUGUGCGCUCUGGCACUGCUGGUUUUGUGCUGGGAACGGGCAGCCCUCACAUCUGCUGCUCCUGAGUGUGAGUCAGGUCACCAAACGCAGCUCAGCACCAUCCUUCUGCCUUACAGCACACCCAGCCCUGGGGCCGAGUCCUGCAGCCGCUGAGCGCAGACUGCGUGUGCUCUGCAAUUCAAUGGGGCGCAGCAAAACGCGUGGCAGGAGCCCCUUGCUCUGCAGGUGGGAGCUCAGCCCUCCGAGCUGUGCUGAGGCCUGGCGGCCAGCUUGGGUGCUGGGAAAAGACACAGGGUGGAAGCUGUGAACCGAUAUGGUGUGCCCUGGGUGUGCCACAGCGCUGGGAGCUGUGGUGUGUUUGGAGCAGGAAACCGGGCCUCUGCUCCUCCUGCUGCUGACUCAAGCAGCUGAGUUGCCUUUGCAGGCCUGGACAGGUCUGCUCUCUGCGCUGUGCUGCAGCUCUGGUGAGCUCCCGGCUGCUCGUGGCUGCUGCCGUGGGAGCGGAUGAGGGUCCCAUGGUGGUGUUCCUUCCCUGACACAGUAACACACUUCUGGGCUGUAAUAUCUUAAGCUGCUCCACCUGGGUCAGUGAGAGCAGUUUGUGCAGCUCUGCUCUGGGUCCGCUUCCCUCCCACCCCACACGGGGCUGCUCUGAAUCGGGCACUCCUUUGUACCAACACCCUGAGAGCUGCGGCUGCACUCAGCUGCUCGUUUGGGGGCGUUGCUUCCAUCUCUCUCCGUCAGAGAAAUCUUCACCCCGGUUUCAUGCCUUCGAGGCAUUCCCUGCUGUCCCUGCCCUGCUGCACGGCUGGCUGUGUGCUCUGGGAGCUCCAUGCUGCUUUUGGAGCAGGUGCUGGGGAGUCUGGCAAGAGCACCAUCGUGAAGCAGAUGAAGAUUAUUCACGAGGACGGCUACUCGGAGGAAGAAUGCAAACAAUAUAAAGUGGUUGUCUACAGCAAUACUAUCCAGUCCAUCAUUGCCAUCAUAAGAGCCAUGGGAAGGCUAAAGAUAGACUUUGGGGAAGUUGCCAGAGCAGACGAUGCCCGCCAGCUGUUCGUGUUGGCUGGAAGUGCAGAAGAGGGGGUGAUGACGGCCGAGCUGGCUGGAGUGAUCAAGCGGCUGUGGCGGGAUGCUGGGGUGCAGGCCUGCUUCAGCAGAUCCAGGGAGUACCAGCUGAACGACUCCGCCUCAUAUUACCUGAACGACUUGGAUAGAAUAUCCCAGCCGACCUACAUUCCGACUCAGCAGGACGUGCUGCGCACCAGGGUGAAAACCACGGGCAUCGUGGAGACACACUUCACCUUCAAGGACCUCUACUUCAAGAUGUUUGAUGUCGGUGGGCAGCGGUCGGAGCGGAAGAAGUGGAUCCACUGCUUCGAAGGCGUCACAGCGAUCAUCUUCUGCGUGGCCCUCAGCGAUUAUGACCUUGUCUUGGCCGAGGAUGAAGAAAUGAACCGGAUGCACGAGAGCAUGAAACUGUUUGACAGCAUCUGUAACAACAAAUGGUUCACAGACACGUCCAUCAUUCUUUUCCUGAACAAGAAGGACCUGUUUGAGGAAAAGAUUAAGAAGAGCCCACUGACAAUCUGCUACCCGGAGUACACAGGCUCCAACACGUACGAGGAGGCGGCUGCCUACAUCCAGUGUCAGUUUGAGGACCUGAACCGGAGGAAAGACACCAAGGAGAUCUACACGCACUUCACCUGCGCCACCGACACCAAGAACGUGCAGUUCGUGUUCGACGCCGUGACGGACGUCAUCAUUAAGAACAACCUGAAGGAGUGUGGGCUCUACUGAAGUUCUCACGGAGCGCCCUUGGGAGGAGCAGACUUUGCUGCCUCGUGGGGACGGCGGCAUGAGCGGGACCAGGGGGCUGAAAGCAGCAUGCAGAAUCGUCGCGUUCUUUAGCACAACCUUCUGUAUUAGGGACCUUUGAAUUGGUAGGGGCUGUUGAGGUUGGGUCGGGGCAGAACGGCCCUCGUGGGACUCUGCAUCGCCCCGACGUCGUCCGGAUGGCGUAACCCAAACGUGUACAGCUGUCGUGGAGUUGAGGUGCUGGGUUCCAGGCCUUCCAUAUGUAGCUUUCUCUCUUUCUUUGGUUACCAAACCACCACUAGUCUGUUUUUAAGGUGUUUUGUUUCGUUAUUUUUUCCAUGGAGAAAACUAUAACUUUACUAAAACUCUUUCUUUCUUCGCAAAAGAUUCUCGUUUUACAAAUAAAACCAACAGAAACUAUCACUGAUCUAUGCACACGUGAGCAGGCCAUGCCCGAAGCAUUCCUCUUAGCAGGAACUCUCUGUUUUUAACACUCGCUGUGGUCAGAACUCAAUACUUCUGCAACGUCUUACAGGCUGUGCGUGGCCGUAGCAUUGGCCCCUUGUGCUGUGGGUUUUGCCCUGCUCUGUGUUGGUACACGCAGUGAGGGUGGGAGCAGUGCUGAUGGGUUAACGCUGCUCGUGGUGAGCACGCUGCGCUGCUGGAGGCCGUGUGCUGUGACACAGCCUUUGUGCACUGUGCUCUGUUCUUGGCAGUCUGGUGAAGGGCACGCCGUGUUCUGCAUUUACCACGGCCUUCCUGUGCAGGGUCUGUAUGGACAGCAUGCCUUUACUCUGUAUAUGUGGUGCCAAAUCCCCCCCCUUUGCCAUCGUUUUCCCUGUAGUAACGUUCAUACCCCAUCGGUCCAUUCCUUUGCUGAACCAUCACCUCGGGGCUCUUUCUCCCGGGUUGUCAUUGUGUACAGUUCUGAUCUGUUGUAGCUGUUGGCAGUAUUAAAAUGGUGAGUGAA